AAUGUAUUGUCACAUAUUUAUGUUUUGCACUUUGUUAAUUGGUUCGAACUGCAAAAAAAAGAAACCCGACAAAGAAUUUUCGAUUGCAAACUUGCUGUCGGGCAUGGAUCCUAGUGAACAACUUAUGUUUAAAGAAGAGCUUGAAAAAGAAGUCAAAAAAUUUCAUGUGCCUGGCUCCCAGAGCAACUCAAAAGCUGGUGUUAAACGAUCCAAGGUUAAAGAAAAAACAGCAUUAAACAAGGCUCCAACAAAGCUUAAAGCUUCGAUUAAGCAAACAAAACAAGAUGCACAAAAAGCAUUGGUUGGGAUUUGUGAUCCAAUAUGCGCUCAUCAAUGUGUUCAUGGUUGCGACUUUAGAUGUUGUAUUCCUGGUUACCAGGUCGCUAAGCAUAUUCCCAGACCUCCAGUAACUGUAGUACUUCCCGGUUCUUGCAGUCCAACAUGUUCGCCUACAUGCUUCCCUGAAUGUUCCUCUACGUGUUGUGCAGGAGGUGCAGGAGGAAUGUUUCAAUCAAAUACUUGUCCGUAUGGUUGCUCUAGUAGCUGCUAUCCUAGUUGUACCCUGGAUUGCUGUCUAUUAGAAAUUAAAAAGAACUUUCCAUCUUCUCCUCCAGUAAGCCAAGUUCCUUAUUAUGUACAACCACCAGUUCAGAUGCAACCACCACCUCAGAUGCAGCCACCUCAGCCUCAAAAUUAUCUAGCCUUAAAUCAGCAACUGAAUUACAUUGGACCAUCACCAAUUGCGCACGCUACUGCGUUAACGUCCCCGUUAAGAAAUUCUUAUCCUAUAUAUCAAUUGGCACAGCCUCGUAUUCCUAUUUUUCAACAAAAGCCUAUAAUAUUUCCUCAAGUUAAUAGAUUUCAGCCAUUUAAUAGAUUAUCAGCAGUCAUUGCUCCAGUUCCAACUUUUCAAAACCUUUGUGUUCCUGUUUGCAGAACUACAUGCACGCCACAAUGUCCCAUUCAAUGCUGCGUCGGUAUUUCUCGUGAUAUCGAAGCAGUCCAAUUGAGACAAAAUUUUCCAAUAGUUCAACAAAAUCCAUUGGUUUGUCAACCGUUAUGUCGAAACUUUUGUUAUUCAAACUGCCCUAAAAGAUGUUGUGUUUUGAAGAAAAACCAAACUACGCCAAUUAACGCGAUUUUUCAAUCUGAAAGUAUAACCUCUAGAGGCCCUCCUCUUCAAAAAGUAACUCUAGAUAGUUCAUCAAAUUUAAAACAAUCUAUUUCAAACAUAACUGUAGUAAAUAACACAAUUUUAAAAAACAUAACACAAAAUUGCUGUGAGCCCCACAACAAUGAUAAAAAGUCAAAGAUAGCCAAGCAGCUCGAGUUAUUAAAGUAAAAAAUGCAUUUUCUAUGUC